AAACAUGUGCAAGGCCACCUCCCUGAUUUCCAAUCCCUUCUUAAAAUUCUCCUCUGCUAUGAUGUGUACGGAAAAGUCAACAAUGGAGGCAGCUUCUGUGCUGUUAUCCUUGUCAUGCUUAACAUUACUGUUCCAUUGUUACUUUGUAUUCUGCUUGUCUGUCAGUUGAACCCGCAUGUUGUUUCUUGCCUUAUUCUCAGGCCAUAUCUACGCUACACUUCUGUCGUCAAAACUUUCGUCACUUGGAUGUGAAAAAAACACACCCCUGAAUGACGGAAAGUGCCAGUGUGCACAACCCUUAAGUCGCUGGGAGAUGCUUUCCUGGCAACAAAAUCUACUGCCUCUCGGGGUGGUUUUAUUUUGUUGCUGGGAGUACACUACACACCUUACAGCGGCAUGGCUGCAGUGGCAUGGUCGUGCUGUUGUAAGGUGCACAAUGUAGGCAUAGCCUUACUUGGUAACAGGGCUUCAGAGCUGGGCUCCGGCUCCGCUCCAGCUCCAGGCGAAAACCUACUGCUCCAGAGCUUCUCCGCGUUCCAGCUCUGGGCUCUGCUCCAAAGCCCUGCUUGGUAAGGUAUUUGGAUUAGGGAUGCUUUUGGUUCUGUGUUUGUACAACACCUAAUGUAGUGGAGCCCUGAUCUAUGGUUGGAGCCCCAAAGAAUCGCCACAAUACAAACAAUAAUUUUGCUUGGAUAUUAAAAGAAGAAAAGGAAGUAAUAGACUUUACGUGGUUGGAGUAUGUUGGGGAAGGAAAUCUGGGAGUUUGGUCUGGUGUUGCGGCCAAAUACCCUCUGCCUGCUGUUGUCUGGAAUAGGAGACACUCUCUCUCCCUGCCACUUGCACUAGGGCCACUGGACCAGUGCAACUGAGGAUCACCCCCUUGACCCAGUCUCUUCCUCUCUGUGCACUGGCUUGUGGAGCUGGCACAGACUCCCUUUAAGUUUCCUUUUUAUAGAAAUGGAUUUUGAGGCAGUUGCAAAGUACUCAGCAUUACACCUGAAGCCAGCUGGACUUAGCCUUCAGUAUGGAACUGCUGGAUUUCGUACCAAGGCAGGACAUCUUGAUCAUGUCAUGUAUCGCAUGGGUUUGCUGGCAGUACUAAGGUCCAGGCAGACUAAAUCUACUAUUGGAGUCAUGGUUACAGCAUCUCACAAUCCUGAAGAAGACAAUGGUGUAAAAUUGGUUGAUCCUCUGGGUGAAAUGUUGACCUCUGCCUGGGAAGAAUAUGCUACACGCCUAGCUAAUGCAGAAGAGCAAGAAAUACAGAGCAUACUGACUGAGAUCUGCCAGAAAGAAGCAGUGAAACUGCACCAAUAUGCCUCAGUUUUUAUUGGUAGAGACACCAGACCUAGCAGUGAGAAACUUUCACAAUCAGUAAUAGAUGGUGUAUCUGCACUAGGUGGUCAAUAUCAUGAUUAUGGUCUGGUAACAACACCACAGCUGCAUUACAUGGUCUGCUGUCAAAAUACUCAAGAGCACUAUGGGAAGGCAACAGUGGAAGGUUACUACCAGAAACUAUCCAAAGCUUUUGGGGAGCUGACAAAACAAACUUCCAGCUCUGGAGAUGACCAGAUGUGUCUGAAGAUAGAUUGUGCAAACGGUAUAGGAGCCCUGAAACUAAAAGAAAUGGAACGUUACCUUCCAAAGAAACUGUUAAUUCACUUAUAUAAUGAUGGAACCAAAGAGAAACUCAAUCAUUUAUGUGGUGCAGACUUUGUGAAAGUUCAUCAGAAACCUCCUCUGGGACUAGAAAUCAGACCUAACGAAAGAUGCUGCUCGUUUGAUGGAGAUGCAGACAGAAUUGUUUAUUACUAUAACGAUACUGCUGGCCAUUUUCAUCUUGUGGAUGGAGAUAAAAUAGCAACUUUAAUUAGCACUUUCAUUAAAGAACUUCUUAUCAAGAUAGGACAUACUCUAAAGAUGGCAGUGGUACAAACAGCAUAUGCUAAUGGAAGCUCUACACGUUAUCUUGAGGAAACCAUGAAGGUGCCUGUUCAUUGUACCAAAACAGGAGUAAAGCAUUUGCAUCACAAGGCCCAGGAAUUUGACAUUGGAGUUUAUUUUGAGGCAAAUGGGCAUGGCACAGUAUUAUUUAGUAAAGCUGCUGAAGAGAAAAUAAGACACAUGGCAAAAGAAGAAAAGGAGAAUCAAAAAAGAGAAGCUGCAAAGAUGCUUGAAAAUACCAUUGAUCUGAUUAAUCAAACUGUGGGUGAUGCCAUCUCAGAUAUGCUGGUGAUUGAAGCAAUCUUGGCUCUAAAGGGUUUGACAGUGCAACAGUGGGAUGCCAUCUACACAGAUCUUCCCAACCGACAGCUGAAAGUUAAGGUUGCAGACAGACGAGUCAUUGACACGACAGAUGCUGAGAGACGUGCAGUUACACCCCCAGGACUACAAGAAAAAAUUGAUGAACUUGUAAAGAAGUACAGAGUAUCACGAGCUUUUGUCCGCCCAUCAGGAACAGAAGAUGUAGUGCGAGUAUAUUCUGAAGCAGACACACAGGAGAAUGCAGAUUCCCUGGCACAUGAAGUAAGCCUGGCUGUUUACCAUCUAGCUGGUGGAAUAGGAGAACCACCUCAGCCUGUAUGUUGAAGGACACAGCUGUGGUCAUGCUACCUAAACCUUACUUCUUUUUAUUUUUUUUCCUUAGCAUGAACC